AUGUCUACAGAUAAAGCCUUCGAGUCAGCUGGGGUGGAUGAUAUUUCAAAGACCCAACCAUGGUUUUCAAGGAGAAUGUCCAUUGAGGAGGGGGGCAUUGAACGAGUCACCGAUGAGGAGAGAAAGGAGAAAACAACCAAGUUCUGGCAUGCUACUACAUUCUGGUUCAGCGCCAACAUGGCCAUCGCCACACUCAAUAUUGGAUCACUGGGAGGCUCCAUGGGUCUUGCAUUCUGGGAUUGCCUCAUCGUGAUUGUGGUGGUCAAUUUAUUCAGUGAUCUACUCCCAGCAUGGACAGCUACAGCUGGUUUGACAGGCUUGAGAAUGACAACAUUUUCGCGAUACUCCUUCGGAUACUGGGGUAAUAUGCUCGUCGUGAUAUUCUCCAUGGUCGCAACAACAGGCUGGAACGCCAUAAACUCCAUCUCAGGAGCUUCCGUCCUCAACGCAUUAUCGAAUGGAAAAUGUCCCACCUGGGCCGGUGUAAUCAUCAUAUGUGCAUUUGUGUGGAUUGUCUGUGCACUAGGUAUAACAUGGAUUCAUCGCCUAGAUACUUUCGUCUGGGUUUUACCAUUUAUCGUGUGGUGCGUCGCUGCUGGGACAGGCGCAUCAUCGUUCACGGCUGAAAGUCCGAAACAUCUCCAAGGCGCCGAUAGAGCGGCUGCUGUCCUCUCAUACAUGGCAAGCAUCUUCUCCUUUUCACUUUCGUGGGUGAAUUGUGCUGCGGAUUAUAAUGUUCGUAUGCCACAUGACACUCCACGCUGGAAGAUCUUCGGUGCGACGUAUGUGGGUAUUUUCGUGCCAAGUGUUUUGGUGCAAUCGCUCGGCGCGGCGCUCUAUACUGGAACUGUCAAAAGUACCGCGUGGAAAGAUGCUUAUUCGACUUCUUCAAUUGGAGGCUUGCUGCAGAUGUCAUUAGAGCCAGCUGGGGGAUUUGGUAAAUUUCUGAUGGUUCUUGCAGCAUUAAGUUCGAUUCCGAACAAUAUUCCGAACAAUUAUUCCUUCGCGUUGCAUGCCCAGAAUCUUGGCACAUGGGCCAUCCAGAUUCCGCGGGCUGUACUGGUGACUUUUGGAUCCGUGGUAGCGGUCAUUAUUGGUUGCUGUGCAGCAAAGUAUUUUGAUGACGCUUUAGAGACCUUCCUCAGUGUCAUCGGGUAUUGGACCGUGAUCCACGCAACUGUUGUGAUGGAGGAGCACUUCAUAUUUCGCCGACGGUGGUCAGCGUACGACUUGGAUGCCUGGAACAACCCGGCGGCUCUGCCGUUUGGGUGGGCAUCAAUUGGAGCUUUCUGCUUUGGAUUCGUCGGGGCUGCUCUGGGGAUGCAUGUGACGUGGUACUCUGCGCCGAUUGCAUCGUUGAUAGGCAGUGGUGCGAACAUAGGGCAUGAGCUGACGUUUGCAUUCUCUGCCAUCAUUUUCCCACUAUUGCGCUGGGCUGAGAAAAGACACGGAAGGUAUUAG